AUAUUGAGGCACUUCAUCUUCAAAAUAAAAUGAAUAUUGAAGAGUAUAUUGAUUACUUAGAAGAAAAAAAUACGGAAGAAAAAUUAAAUAACUUAUUUACUUAUCAAAAAUCAGAAGAUAAAAAUAAGGAAAUGGAAGAAGAUGAUAGUAACGAAAUUCAAAAAAUUACUCAUAAAGAUGCAUUAAAUGCUGUAGAAUUGUUGGGACAAUAUCUUGUACAACAAGAUUUAAAUGAUAUCAAUCGAACAGAACAUGAUG